ACUGGUGGCUGGACCCGGAGCGUUCGGGUUCAGUCAGUGAGAGCAAUCCGAGCGAGUCACAUCUCCCGCGCGUCCAGGGAAAUUUCAACUCGAAAAUUUUCGUUUUUACUCCCCCCCGAGUAUCAAAUCGUUCUCGAACCUUCAUACUGUAGUCGAUGCAAUCACCUCGACCGGAUACACGCGUUGUCGGAGCGUGAAGCCGCAGUUUCUCCCAGUGUUAUCAUUGUUUUUGUAAUUUUUUCUUCUUGGAACUGAAUUCCAACUGGACGUUUCGCCGAUUUCUUUUCCAUUGUUUGAAGUGGUUUUCGUUGAGUGUGGAAAAUAAACUCGAUUUUUGAGUGAUUGACGAUGGUGAGGGGAUUGUCACAGUGGACCAAGACCCUGAGCUUUCCUGCCAGGGUCUCACCUCAGAGACCAACCAAGGAGUCUGCUAAGUUUCAUCUUAGUCCAAGCUCAACUCCCAUCUCACCACCAAGUCCUAUCAAUGAUAAUAUUAUGGACAAAGCACCGAUUAUUGCUGAUGAGACGUUUCAAGAUCUCGAAGCAGAGAAAGCUAUAAUGGGAUCAAUUGUAUAUUGCAUACAUCAUAAGGACGGAUGCAAAUGGUCGGAUGAAUUGAGAAAGUUGAAGGCACAUUUGAACACAUGCAAGCACGACGCUGUCCCUUGCAGUAACAAAUGCGGUGCGAUGAUUCCUCGAGUUCUCAUGGAAGAUCAUCUAAAAUACACGUGUGCUCAACGUCGUGCGCGCUGUGAUUUCUGUGCCAAAGAGUUCACCGGACAGACAUUAGAGAAACACACAGGCACGUGUGGCUACGAGCCCCUCUACUGUGAGAACAAAUGUGGAAUGAAAAUUCAGAGGCGGUAUCUGGGCCAACACAAACUAGGCGAGUGUGCGAAGAGACUGGUGGCUUGCAGAUACUGCAAUAAGGAAUUUGUAUUCGACACAUUGGGCACUCAUCACACCAAGUGUGGAAGAUUCCCUGUUGCGUGUCCUCAUCGCUGCGAAACAGCUGUUCUACCCAGAGAAGACCUGGAGAUUCAUCUAAAGGAUCACUGCACCACACAUCUUCUCUCGUGUAGUUUCAAAGAUGCUGGGUGUCGUUUUAAGGGAAAUCGUUUUUCGUUGGACAAGCACAUGGAAGAAUCCACGAAAAUGCACCUGAGCCUGAUGUGUAGUGUAGUAACAAAGCAGCAGCACCAAAUAACGAGUCUAAAAUCGGCGAUGGGAAAACUGUCGCUGAAUUACACGGGGACCUUAAUAUGGAAAAUAAGUGAUUACACAGCUAAAAUGUCUGAGGCCAAGAACAAAGAGGGAAUGGAACUCGUCAGUCCGCCCUUCUACACUAGUCAGUACGGCUACAAACUUCAGGCAUCAAUUUUCCUCAAUGGAAAUGGCACAGGCGAAGGCAGUCAUAUGUCGAUCUACAUAAAGAUCCUCCCCGGGGAGUACGACGCCCUCCUCCGCUGGCCCUUCUCCCACUCCGUAUCGUUCACAAUGUUCGAUCAGACUGUCCAAGCCGACAAGGCCUGCAACAUCGUCGAGAGCUUCAUCCCUGAUCCCACGUGGAAGAACUUUCAGAGGCCGAGUCGAGAGCCUGACUCCUUGGGCUUCGGCUUCCCUCGGUUCAUCUCCCACGAGAUGGUGAAGAAACGUCACUUCGUCAAGGACGACACCAUGUUCAUCAGGGUCAAAGUCGAUCCCAGCAAAAUUGUUGCUGUCUGAUUCGACUCAGAAAUCAUCUGUCUAUGGAUUUUUUGGGUUUCAAGUUCGAGAUUCUGUUUAAAAUUCGUUUUUCAGUAGCUAAUCAAGGAAAUUCCGUUAGUUUUUUUUAUUCCUGUAAAAAGUUGAGGUUUUCUGGGCAAAAAAUAUGAACAGAAUGGAAAAAUCAAGAUCGAUUCAGUGUUUCCUUGGAAUGUUCUGCUUGGAUUGAGUAAAUUUCGUCAGGUUUCUUCAUUUCUAUUGAAAGUUUGGGAUUUCGAGAGAAAAAUAUCGAUGGAAUUGAAACGCUAGGAUCUAUUAUUUUUUCUAUCAAGUUUUUUUAGUUGAAAAUUUCUAUAGAAUGAGAGAUCGCAUGAAAAACUACGCAAUUUUUCGUAUAAAUCGAGAGAAAAUGAGAAAUCUCCGACAAAAUUUGGACAGAAUUUUUCUCUUCAAGUUUUUCAUAUGUGUUCAGACAGAAAAUUUAAUCAAUUGAAAAAUGAUAAUUGAUAGUAAUAAUUAGGAAAAUGAGAAUAAUCAUCGACGAAGAUUUUCUAUCGAGAUUUCCUCAUAAAUCGACCAAAUGUAAAUAUUAUAUUUCAUUGUCUGUGCAGUUUUCAUUUUCAUCUGGAGAAAUAUCCAUUAGUUUUUUUUCUAUUUUUAUUAAAACUUCAGUAUUUCAGAGAUUC